AUGCGCGAAACGUCCUUGGAGGAAGGCGAGACGCAGCCUUUUCUUCUCCGAGGUAGCAUCGAAGCACAAAAGCGAGACCAUUACGAAUCCAUCGAUGAGAUCAAUCUAGACAGUACAUUCAGUGGUCAACAAGAACAAAGUCUGUCGUUCUUGGAAGCCCUUCACUUGUACUCGAGCGCUCUAGGAUGGAGCAUCUUCUUCUCGCUCGGGGUCAUAAUGACCUCUUUCGACCAGCAGCUUGUUGGAUCGCUCUUCGCCACGCCUGCUUUUCAACGAGAUUUCGGAUAUGAAUAUCAACCCGGCAAAUUCGUUAUCCGAGCUUCAUGGCAAACUGCGCUGACCAUGUGUGGUCCUCUCGGACAAACCGUCGGUGCGUUUCUCGGCACAUAUCCCAUGGAAUGGUACGGGCGUAGGAAAACCCUUGCCGCGGCGGUUAUCCUGACCUCCGUGCUCCUUCUCUUCCAAUUCUUCGCGCGAUCAUUGUCCGUUCUAUUCAUAGGCGAACUCCUGGGUGGCACCGUACUAGGCGUAUACACAGUCAUCGCUCCCRCAUACGCCUCCGAGGUGUGUCCUCUUCCUCUCCGCGGCCUGAUUACUAGCUAUGUACAAGUUUGUUGGGUCACAGGCCAAUUGAUCGCCACGGGGAUCAUCGCCAGAACAGCCCGACUUGRCAACCACUGGGCUUACAGCGCACCCUUCGCCGAACAAUGGCUCUGGCCCGCUAUUGUUCUGAUCGGCUUGACUUUUGCGCCUGAAUCUCCCUGGUGGCUCGUAAGGCAAGGCCGCUACAUCGAUGCGGAGAAGUCUUUGCGGAGGCUCGCGAGUCCCAAGGUGGAUGUCAAAGCCACGCUCGCCGGAAUCGUUGAGACCGAUCGGUUGGAACAGGCCCUUGAGGCGGGAACCAACUACAAGGACUGCCUUCGCGGUACAAGCAGACGUCGCACGGAAAUCGCGAUUGGUGCAUAUAUGAUACAAAUUAUUUCGGGAAUCUAUCUUGCAAACUAUGUGACCUACCUCUUCACCCUCGCUGGUCUCUCCACCGAAACGGCGUUCAACAUAGGAAUUGGAUUUUCUGCCAUGGGAUUUGUUGGGGCGCUUGCUUCGUGGAUACCAAUGCUUUAUUUUGGACGUCGAAUGGUGUUUAACGCUGGUCUGUCUGCUCUGGUUGUACUCCUUCUCCUCGUUGGAAUCGUCGAUUGUUUGCCGGACUACGAUAACAAUCUGGCCUACGUCUGGACUCAAGGCGUGUUGCUAAUGGUAUGGAACUUCUGCUAUGGUAUAUCUGUUGGGCCUGUUGGGCUGGUCAUAGCUUGCGAGGUUUCUGCUACGAAGCUACGCACAAAGACUGUCGCGCUGGCAGCAGCUUCGCAGACAAUUGUUGGGGUUGGAAUGACGGUGGCAAUCCCGUAUCUGAUCAAUCCGGAUGAAUUCAACGCGCGUGGAAAGCUUGGAUUCUUCUUUGGCGGGUUUGCAUUGGUUGGCUUGGUUUGGUGCUACUUUCGCAUCCCAGAAACUGCCGGACGCACGUAUGAGGAUUUGGACAUCAUGUUUGGCCGUGCGGUCAGAACAAGGGAGUUCAAACAUUACGUUGUGGUGGAUAUGUCGCAGUCGCAUUCAAUGGAUAUGUUUUCUGAAGGCAGUAGGUUGUGA